AUGCGCGUCGGCAAGUGCUACUUCUGCUCGUCGCCGAUCUACCCGGGCCACGGCAUCGCCUUCGCGCGCAACGACGCGAAGCUCUUCCACUUCUGCCGGUCCAAGUGCCACAAGAACUUUAACCUGAAGCGCAACCCGCGCAAGGUGCGGUGGACGAAGGCGUUCCGCAAGGUCCACGGCAAGGAGAUGACGGUGGACACGACCUUCGAGAUGGAGAAGCGGCGGAACCGGCCCGUCAAGUACGACCGGGACCUCGUGGGCACGACGCUCCGCGCGAUGCAGCGCGCGUCCGAGGUCCAGGAGAAGCGCGCGGAGCUCCACUACGUGAACCGCAUGGCCGCGCACAAGGUCAAGGCCGCCGUGCGCGCGCGCGUCGAGAUCAAGGAGAGCGUCGACCUCAUCGAGUCGUCCGAGGCCGUCAAGGAGGCGGUCAUGGUCGACAAGCUCGAGGCGCAGAAGCAGAAGGUCAACAUCUAG